AUGAUGAGGGCCUUUGGUCUUCGUGUUCUCCGUAAUGCCCGAGGUUUCUCCGUGCUGGCGCUGAUUCAACUUCUGCUUGCUAACACCGCAAGUGGAUAUCAUGCUGGAUCUUCUGCCCAACGUAACCUAUAUAAAAAUGAUUCUUGGUCGAUGCAGCAUGCUACUCCGUCCUUCUUGGCGUUAGGCUCGAGGGCUUCUUCGAGGAGUCACACACCUGUUUUCCUUGAAGACACUGAUACCCCCUUUAGCACGCUAUCUCUACAGCCAUCGUCGGUAAACGUGCAAAGUAUUUUAUCAAGGUAUAACCGGCAGGCUUUGGAGGAACUAAAGGCGCAACCCACCGAUCAGUGUUCUGAGUGGGAACCGUUAACAAACUGUUCGACGAAGCAAGCAUUACACUGCAUGAAGCCAUUCGAUACAAGCAUUACGAUGCUAUGUUUUAAUGACACGUGCGGUACAUGGUCGCCGUGGACAAUAUGCAACAACAAAUUGCAGUAUCGGUUCCGUCCAGAAUGUGCUGGUGACAGCAUUCAGUACAGGGAAUGUGGUGCUAAGAAUUUCACUAUUGCAAAACAGGAAGAGGCCGCGCGUCUAGCUCGUGAGAAAGCGGAGCGUGAGGAGCGUGAAAGGAAAGAGGCUGAGCGUCUUGCCCGUGAGAAAGCGGAGCGUGAAGAGCGUGAAAGGAAAGAGGCUGAGCGUCUUGCCCGUGAGAAAGCGGAGCGUGAGGAGCGUGAAAGGAAAGAGGCUGAACGUCUAGCACGUGAGAAAGCGGAGCGUGAGGCUGCUGAGGCUCGCCGUUUGGCAAGGGAGAAGGCUGAACGUGAAGAGCGUGAAAGGAAAGAGGCUGAGCGUCUUGCCCGUGAGAAAGCGGAGCGUGAGGAGCGUGAAAGGAAAGAGGCUGAACGUCUAGCACGUGAGAAAGCGGAGCGUGAGGCUGCUGAGGCUCGCCGUUUGGCAAGGGAGAAAGCGGAGCGUGAAGAGCGUGAAAGGAAAGAAGCUGAACGUCUAGCACGUGAGAAAGCGGAGCGUGAGGCUGCUGAGGCUCGCCGUUUGGCAAGGGAGAAGGCUGAACGUGAAGAGCGUGAAAGGAAAGAGGCUGAGCGUCUUGCCCGUGAGAAAGCGGAGCGUGAGGAGCGUGAAAGGAAAGAGGCUGAACGUCUUGCCCGUGAGAAAGCGGAGCGUGAGGAGCGUGAAAGGAAAGAGGCUGAACGUCUAGCACGUGAGAAAGCGGAGCGUGAGGAGCGUGAAAGGAAAGAGGCUGAACGUCUAGCACGUGAGAAAGCGGAGCGUGAGGCUGCUGAGGCUCGCCGUUUGGCAAGGGAGAAGGCUGAACGUGAAGAGCGUGAAAGGAAAGAGGCUGAGCGUCUUGCCCGUGAGAAAGCGGAGCGUGAGGAGCGUGAAAGGAAAGAGGCUGAACGUCUAGCACGUGAGAAAAGCGUGAGGCUGAGGCUCGCCGUUUCAAGGGAGAAAGCGGAGCGUGAAGAGCGUGAAAGGAAAGAAGCUGAACGUCUAGCACGUGAGAAAGCGGAGCGUGAGGCUGCUGAGGCUCGCCGUUUGGCAAGGGAGAAAGCGGAGCGUGAGGAGCGUGAAAGGAAAGAGGCUGAACGUCUAGCACGCUCGCCGUUGGCAAGGAGAAAGCGUGAGGAGCGUGGGAAAGAGGCUGAACGUCUAGCACGUGAGAAAGCGGAGCGUGAGGCUGCUGAGGCUCGCCGUUUGGCAAGGGAGAAAGCGGAGCGUGAAGAGCGUGAAAGGAAAGAAGCUGAACGUCUAGCACGUGAGAAAGCGGAGCGUGAGGCUGCUGAGGCUCGCCGUUUGGCAAGGGAGAAAGCGGAGCGUGAGGAGCGUGAAAGGAAAGAGGCUGAACGUCUAGCACGUGAGAAAGCGGAGCGUGAGGCUGCUGAGGCUCGCCGUUUGGCAAGGGAGAAGGCUGAACGUGAAGAGCGUGAAAGGAAAGAGGCUGAGCGUCUUGCCCGUGAGAAAGCGGAGCGUGAGGAGCGUGAAAGGAAAGAGGCUGAACGUCUAGCACGUGAGAAAGCGGAGCGUGAAGAGCGUGAAAGGAAAGAGGCUGAACGUCUAGCCCAGGAGCAGGCUGAACGUGAGGCCCGCGAAAAGGAGGAAGCUGAACGUCUAGCCAAGGAGCAGGCUGAACGUGAGGCCCGCGAAAAGGAGGAAGCUGAACGUCUAGCCCAGGAGCAGGCUGAACGUGAAGCUCGUGAAAAGGAGGAAGCUGAACGUCUAGCCCAGGAGCAGGCUGAACGUGAAGCUCGUGAAAAGGAGGAAGCUGAACGUCUUGCCCAGGAGCAGGCUGAACGUGAGGCCCGCGAAAAGGAGGAAGCUGAACGUCUAGCCCAGGAGCAGGCUGAACGUGAAGCUCGUGAAAAGGAGGAAGCUGAGCGUCUUGCCCGUGAGAACGCGGAGCGUGAGGCAGCGGAGGCUCGUCGUCUUGCCCAGGAGCAGGCUGAACGUGAGGCCCGCGAAAAGGAGGAAGCUGAACGUCUUGCCCAGGAGCAGGCUGAACGUGAGGCCCGCGAAAAGGAGGAAGCUGAACGUCUAGCCCAGGAGCAGGCUGAACGUGAAGCUCGUGAAAAGGAGGAAGCUGAGCGUCUUGCCCGUGAGAACGCGGAGCGUGAGGCAGCGGAGGCUCGUCGUCUUGCCCAGGAGCAGGCUGAACGUGAGGCCCGCGAAAAGGAGGAAGCUGAACGUCUUGCCCAGGAGCAGGCUGAACGUGAGGCCCGCGAAAAGGAGGAAGCUGAACGUCUAGCCCAGGAGCAGGCUGAACGUGAAGCUCGUGAAAAGGAGGAAGCUGAGCGUCUUGCCCGUGAGAACGCGGAGCGUGAGGCAGCGGAGGCUCGUCGUCUUGCCCAGGAGCAGGCUGAACGUGAGGCCCGCGAAAAGGAGGAAGCUGAACGUCUUGCCCAGGAGCAGGCUGAACGUGAGGCCCGCGAAAAGGAGGAAGCUGAACGUCUAGCCCAGGAGCAGGCUGAACGUGAAGCUCGUGAAAAGGAGGAAGCUGAGCGUCUUGCCCGUGAGAACGCGGAGCGUGAAGCUCGUGAAAAGGAGGAAGCUGAGCGUCUUGCCCGUGAGAACGCGGAGCGUGAGGCGCUUGUAAAGGAAGAGCCAAGGAGCCUCUCUCCCGAGGAAGGAAGUGCCACGCCCUACACUAUGGUUAGAGACUUGCGCGACGAAGGCUCUCUUGAGAAUGAAGAACAGGGUGAAUAUGAGGAAAAGCAUUCUGAAUAUGAAGAGAAACAGGAUGAGAAUACUUCGAAGUAUUCUACUAGAUCUAUGGUUAAACAUGCAUCCGUCGGUUUAGCCGCUGUUGUUUCCGCCGUUGUGGGUUCUUAUGUUUACAGCAAGGGGCCAUCCGCUGCGUCCGGUUUGGUCAGUGGUGUUGCUGAGCAGGGUUUCGACGACGGAGCGUACGGAGCCCGCAAGGAAGAUGAUAUCGAAACGAAAAUACAGCUGGAAGAGAAUUUCUGGGCGGAAGGUGAUGACUCUUAG